GAAGUGUUAAGCACCUCCCCGUCUCUCUAAAGGACAUUAUAAUGCAAGAGACCCCCUUUUUAACCACACACCGAAUUUUCUUUCAUUUAGACGAUCUAUAUAUAUAUAUAUAUAUCUAUAUAUAUAUAUAUCUCAUAUCUUAUAUCUAUUUUAAAUAACUUAAGGCCGCUAAAAUUUGGGGGGGAACAGCCUUCGCCCUGGAGCGGUGCGCGAUGCUGUCUCACGCCGACCUCCUGGACGCCCGUCUCGGUGGGCGUCGGGGGCUCGGAUCCGGGGGGACACCCGGGAGACAUGGCUCCCAACUCGGACACGGUGGAAGGGACCACCCUGCUGCCGGGAGAGGACAUCACCACGGUGGGAUCCAACCCCAGCUCUCUAGCCGUCAGCGCCAAAGACGCUGACAAGCAGCAAGGCCAGCAGGGUGGCCAGAACUCCAGCCAGGCCGGGCAGCAGCAGGGUCAGCAGAAGCAGAAGCGCCACCGCACUCGCUUCACGCCGGCGCAGCUCAACGAGCUGGAGAGGAGCUUCGCCAAGACUCACUACCCGGACAUCUUUAUGCGGGAGGAGCUGGCCCUGCGCAUCGGUCUCACCGAGUCCCGGGUGCAGCACUAUUAAAGUGUAAUGAAUUCGGCCCAGAGUUCACGGCUGGCUGAUCGAAAUGAACCUGAGAUCUGAGCUUUAAUACAGCUCUCCAGAUUUCCUACCAAAUCUUCACAUUAAUCAUCUGCUGGAUUCCAAUGAGAUCUUCAUAAAGCUUCGGCUUCUUAAAAGAAAAAAAAAAGAAAUAAAAAGGAAAAUAAAAAGAACAUUUUAAAAAAAGAAGAAGAAAAACAAAAGUGAUAUUGUCUCCCUUUCUAUUGCUUUCACUCUCUCUCACCAGUUUAUAGCUGGGGAAUUAAAUGGGCUAUAUAUUUUAAAAUACAUUUACAGUAUGUCUAUAUUACUGUAACAGCAGAUAUCAUCAAGGUAGGUUUUUAGAUUCCAACCUCCAUUAGAUUCUCACUGUUGUAUUAAUAAUUUUCAGAGGCUAGCUGCAUUUUAAAAGGAGUUCAAAGUUUCCAAAUGCUCAUGGUUAAUAUAUUUCUAGAGUUGUCAUGUGUGCAUUUUCAAAAUCUCCCCCAGGUUUUCUUUGCAUUUUAAUCUGUCAUGCACCAGUUUUCAACUGGAAACAUUCACAUUUUAAAAGCAUAUGCAGUGUAGCUAUGAACUUAGGCGAUCAGACCUGAUGGAGAUUCUUUACACCAUCAGCAAACCAUGAAACAUAAAAAGAUUUUGUAGCCGCAAUUUGACUAUUAACCCUAAAACAUAAUUGAACGCGAUUUUUCGAUUAUUCAUAUAAUAUUUAGCUCCCUCACGGCCGUUCAUUCCUGCUAACGGGCGUCCGCCUUUCUCAGUCCGCCCGUGGAGCCUGAGAGGGUGGAAUCCGGCAGGAUGGGGCACUGCGCUCCCUCGGAUUCCAGGGGGACGCGCUCUCUCCCGGCUCACGACUGUCUCGGUUGCUUUCGGCCGCGGUGUGGGGAGACCCACCAAACCAUCCCUGCCACGGUGCCACCACGAGCACCCACUCACCUAAACCACCUCUGGCUUUGUUAUUAUAGGUUUGGGUUUUUGUUUUUGGGUUUUUUUUUAAACCCAAAUGCGGGCGGUUUG